AGGACAUGCGAACUACUUCCACCAUUAAUGAUAAAAGAGAUGACGUAUGUGCAAGCGAUGUAGAGAAGGAAGCUGGACACUAUCAUGGAAGUAGCGGCAAUGAUAAUAUUAUUAGGCGUCUGUUGGAUAAUUUCACUACAGGUCUCAGAUUCUGGACGAUGUCCUACAGCAGAUGAUGCCGAUAGAUGUUGUACAGGGGAACGAAUGAUAAACGAGACAUGUGAAAAGUGUGUUGGUUUCUUCGGUGAAAAUUGCGAAAAUCCAUGUCCACCCACUUUCUAUGGAACGAAAUGUACGUCUAAGUGUAAUUGUACAGAAGAUCAGGCGUGCAAUUCGUUUGUUGGAUGUCUUCCAGUUCUGUCUACGCUAAAGAAUAUAUCUUUGCAAGAUGGCAAUCAAAGCAGCCCUGACCUUGGACUUUCGGGAAGUCAGACCUGUGGAAAUCUACUGAUGGGGGUGUUCGCGCUUGGCGGAUCACAGAUAUUACUCCUGGUUUUGUGUGUGAUGGCAAUAUGCAUAAAGUGACAUCCGGACGCAGAGGAUUUUGUGAAGUUGAGGAAGGAGGAAGUUGCUGGAUUGUAAAGAUAUUUUUUCCACAUAAUCUAUCUGGUAGUUAUGCUGGGAAAAAGUGUUUUGGUGCUUUGGAUUUUACUGUUUGACAUAGCAGAUCUAGAUUCUAACAAUUGCCCAACGACAAACAAUGCAGAAAGAUGCUGUGCUGGUUAUAGAAAAAUAAAUGACAGUUGCGCAGUGUGUUUUGGUUUCUUUGGAGAUAAUUGCCAAGAACCAUGUCCUAACGGCUCUUAUGGUAUGAAGUGUGAGGAAACUUGCAGCUGUACUACAGAGGAAUAUUGCAACCAAUAUGUCGGAUGUCUGCCAUAUAUGACCAAGAAGAAUUUUUCACUUUCAGCGCAAUCAUCCACACAAGUAAACACGAGCAUCGAUAAAGAGGACAUAGAAGAUUGGAUCGACUGCGAUACCUUAAAUGUGGUCUUUUAUGUCCUCUGUGGUACUCAGGCGUUUGUCAUCCUUUCCUGCGUUGUGAUGUUCUGUUGGUGGAGGUGUUCAAAAACUUCUCAACAGAAUUCAGGAUGUGACAAAUUUCCAGACUCGGCAAACCGAAAUGAAUAUCCGAGUGUACGAACGAGAAAUGGAGACUCUGUAAAUCUGGACCAUCUUUCUCGCUCACGUGACUCGAACACACUCUCUAAUCACUACGACCGGUGCCAGUUCACCAGAGGAGAAAUAAUAAACAAUCCUCCGGGAGAAUAUAGUGUAAGUGGCUUGAACAAUAAACAAAAUUUUGGCAGCUUUGAAUCGAAUAACAUUUCCAGUUUUAGAAAUAAUGCAACGACAGUUUCUGGACCCGAGUUUGCUGCACAUAAUAUGGGAUCUCACUGUCCCUCGAUUAAUGCACCAUCCACAUCUACUCAUCCCACGAGGCCAUACAGUUUAGUGAAACAAGAUAGAGAAGAUGCAGACAAAAGUUUCAAUUUCGCUUCCGCUGAAGGAGGAUCCAAAGAUGACGAUGGAUACCACAGACUUAUUCCACUGUAAUGAAGUUCAAUGUACCUACAACCAUUUCAUAUCAAACCAGCCAUUUUUACGUUCAUUAUAUCUUAUCUAUAGUACGAUCUAUAAGGGUGGUAUAUUGAUAUUCAAAUCCUCCAUAUCUUUGCAGUACAGAAGGAUUACAUACGAGAUUUCGAAUAGUAGAAUCAUAGAGGGGAGAACGUGGUAUGGUACACUCAUUUUUGUCAUGCAAUUGUGCCUUCAGGAUUAUUAACACACAAUACUGGCUUUCUUCAAUUAAGGUGAAGAUAACGAACAGUGAUCAAUAUCAUAACUCCUAUAAGCAAUACAAAAUAGAGAGUUAGGCAAACACUGACCCCUGGAUAUACCAGAGGUAUGAUCAGGUGCCUAGGAGGAGUAAGCAUCCCCUGUCGACCGGUCACACCCGCCGUGAAUCCUAUAUUCCGAUCAGGUAAACGGAGUUAUCCAGGUGAUAUGCAGGUUCUAAAAUGCACGUAGUAUCCUUUUUCAAAGUAAGGGUGAGUUAACUUCACAUUGUCUGAAAAUUCGUCACAAACUCCCACCCCACUCUAAAAAACCUUGAAUUCGUAGUUCUGUCUAAACCUCAGUAUCCAAAAUUGAGGAGAGCGGCGGUGAGGGGACAAAAGAUCAAUCCUUCAGUACACGGCUUCAUUUAAUCGGUUCAAGCCUUCAAUUACCAUUCAUCAAUGAUAUGAAAUGGAGACAACCAGCCAUUAAAUUCAAUUUUGCUUUUAAAAGUAACGGACUUUGCAUAUACACAUAUGACAGAAAAUGCACAUUGUCAGAUUGGGGGUGACUGUGUCAGAUUGGGGUGACUGUCAGAUUAGGGGGCGACUGUGUCCGAUUGGGGUGACUGUCAGAUUGGGGGUGACUGUGUCAGAUUGGGAAUGACUGUGUCAGAUUGGGGGUGACUGUGUCAGAUUGGGGAUAACUGUAUCAGAUUGGGGGUGACUGUGUCAGAUUGGGGGUGGUUGUGUCAGAUUGGGGAUAACUGUAUCAGAUUGGGGGUGACUGUGCCAGAUUGGGGGUGACUGUGUCAGAUUGGGGAUAACUGUAUCAGAUUGGGGGUGACUGUGUCAGAUUGGGAGUGACUGUGUCAGGUUGGGGGUGGUUGUGUCAGAUUGGGGGUGGUUGUGUCAGCAUCCCCUUCCCCUCUUGCUACGUGUUUGCUGCAUUCAAACACGAGGAAACAUGUACAUAAUGUUUACUAUGUGACAGAUACGGAGUUCACGUGUGAUGAUUCGUAUCUCUUGAGGUGUGCAAGGUUCAGUAUCUAGAUGUACCACAUGCGCACGCACACACUAUACUGCACUGUUGGUUUUGACAGCGCUACCUGUAUAACAGUCUUAUUCUGAUGUAUGAAUUUAGCAAAGCGGUUAACAAAUAACGUACACUGUUCUUGUUAGUUAGUUUAUUGAAACCUUGAGAAACAUCUCAUUGGUAUGGUACAGUUAUAUAAUAAUCAAGUAACAAUAUACUAGUGAGUAUAACGAUGUGAAAAGAAUCAUUUGAUCAAAUAUGGAGGAUGGACAAGCAUAAUUAUAAUAUCUUAUAAGUUUCUUAGGCUCAGUGCCUUUAUCAAAAGCCUUGCUAAAUUACAUAAUGCUUUUCUGUUAUUGAGAAAAGUUGCACAAGUUUGAACAUGAAUGGUCGAGUAAAAUAAUAUCGUUUGAUGUAUGUUUUUCGUAAACUUUGAUUUCCGUAAAUUAGUAUUUUUUAUUAAUAUAUUUUUCUGUGAAUAUUUGUAAAUAAAUUAUUAACUUUU